AGUGAUAGUUUAAUAAUCGUUGAGUUCACAUCUAAUGUCGGAAAUCGCAGUUCUCAGUUCCGCAUCUUUCUUUUGAUAAACUUUAUUGAGAAAAUCAUUUUCAUUCGAACAACAAAGAUUUUACUUGACAUACAUAUGUAUAUAUGCCAAAUACCCAAGGCGAUAGUAAAGCAAAUACAUACGCAAGAAGUGUUUUUGCCAUGACAAAAUGCAGAACGAAGAAUGUGAAAAUAAGUGGAAGAGCAUUGUGCAAAGAAUUUAGGAGAAAUUAAAACGCUUCAAAAACUCAAAAACGGAGUUUCAUAAAUAUUAAAAAAGAAAAUAAAGUGUUAUAUAAAGCAGCAUUUUUGAAAUAGUCGCAACAACGACAUAGAACAAGUGACAAUGUGGCUUGCGAAUCAUUCUUUACGACAGCAUUUCAUGCGAAAACCACAACAACACGGACACACAGCCAAAGCUAAAGGCAGUACAGUGCCCGCCAGGCGGCUUGUUAGCAGUUAAGGCAGCAACAAAUUGUUACAACAACAAAACUCGUUCUUCUUCAAAGAGUGAAUUAAAAAACAAAAUAAUAACAAAGCAAACAUACUUGAUGCCUGCAAUUGGAAAAAUAUUCAAAAGUAAAGCACAGAUUGAACUAUUGUACUGAGAAAGCAUAUAAAAAACAAUUAAAAAGUUGAAGAGAAAAUUAUAUAACGUGUGUAAGAAAACGACUGAAUUAAAUCAAACGUCGAUUGUCGCUGCCACAAAGUGAAAUUCGGUGUAUUCUGUGCGUCGCUGUAGAGUUGGUACUAACUCUCCUACGGGCGGACGCCAUGUAUGCGCGAGUAUUGCGCAAAUGGAGUCUACAAACGAAACCGCAAGUAUCUAUGAACAUGUGGCGGCUGCUGCUGCUCACUCUGUUGCUGCUCUGUCUGUACUCAACGCCGGUCACAUGCCUUACAACCGCCUCCGCCCAACGCCUGCGUGUGAAUCGGAGCACCGCGCCAGUGAUUGCCAUCGGGUCUGUGACUGCCAAUGCGGCAGAAGCACUAACGGCACCACCACCAGCAGCACCAGCACAAGCGUCAGCAGCAGUGGAGAGUGGAAGCAGACGAGAAGUCGAAUCAGUAGCACAGCCACACAACCCUUCAGCAGCAAAACCAGAAGCCGCCACUGUUGGCGACAUCAUCGAAGAAAGUUUCUACAUAACGGUCGAUGGCGCCGACGCAGAUAGCCGCAGCUAUGGAAGCCGUCUAGUGCAAGCGCUGUGCGUUCAUGGUGCAUCGGACGCAGCAGGUGUAGAUUUAAUGAGGCACAGUGGCAGCAACAGCAAGAAGGUCAGCGGCGACAGCAGUAGGAUAUUAAGCAGUAGUAGUGUAAUGAACAGCGGCAACAGCGAUAAUAGUGGGCGACAGCAACAACAAAUGAAACAAGAGCAGCUAUAUAGAGAAAUCGAUGGUUUGGAUGCAACCGAUGGAAAUGCAAACAAUUUGGCAUAUGCAUUUUAUCGACGCUCAGAACCGCAAGCAUUCAAGUCACCAAAAGCUUUGCAAACAGCCACGAAGCCAUCAGCAACAGUGAUGGGGACACUAACGCCGACAACAGUAUUCAGCCCCCAAUUUAGUGCCCACUACGUGGCGAACGAUGAAAUUGUUGCCAACGAUGGUGAUGAGGAGGACGAUAAUGAGGAGGAAGGAGAGGAGGAGGAAGCUGAGGAUGUAGAUGAUGACGUCGAUGGCGAUGCCGAAGCGGAUGAGCAUGCAUCGGACGAGGGUGAUGCCGACUAUGGUCGACAGCAACAAGAAAAAGUUCCAAAUAAUAAAAAUAGUCACAUAAUUAAUUUAUUUAAACCAUAUAAACAUAGCAACAUUAACAACUUCAACACCAAUUACAAUCACAACUCCAACUCAAAUUUAAACAAACUACAUCCACAGCAAUUACAACCACACACGAGCAGCGGAACAUCACCUGACCAACCAGAACACACAGCGACUGAAAUCAGCAGCGACACGCCAGCGUUCGCGACAGGCAAACGAAGCUACAAGGCGAGACGACAUGUUCCGUUUACAAAUGCACAACAACAACAGCAGCAGCAUUCAUUACGAUUGCAUACCGCGCAUGUGACAAAGAGCGCUGAGCAUUUGUUCACAAGCACACCACUGCCCAUCACCGCGUACCCCACCAAGAAGGUGUUCCAGUUGGUGAACGGCAAGAACUUGACACGCAUCGUGCAUCUCUUGCCACCCACCCACUACCGCUUUGCCGCUUAUGAAAUACCCCCGGUACUGUCAUACCGUGGCGAGUUAACGGAGCAGCAACGACGCGCGCUGCAGCACCAGCACGAGCGACAACUGCAGCAAGAUCAAACCGCACGCUCUCGCCGCGACUCCCGCGUCUUUGGCUUGGCGCAGUCAAUGAAUACUGGAUUUUAUAGCAUGCAACAAGCACCACAACUUACGUUGGGGCAACAAUUAAGCGCACAACAACACCAAUUCCAACACCUGCAACAAAGCAGCAACGCUGGUGACAACAGUUGGCAGCAAAUGAGCGGCAACAUGUACCAACGUCAAACACAUGAGCAGCAUCACCAACGCCAGCAACAUCACAAUCAUCAUAAACACCAACACAACAUGGGUGAACAAAGCGGUAUGGGCACCAACAACAACCGUAAUAUGCACAACGGUCACCAUAGCAACAACAAACACAAUCAACGUCAACGUCAACGCAAACGACCAAGGCGCUAUUGUUCGGCGCGCGAUCCCUCACAGCUGGCGUUCGAGGCACCCAUAGUCUUCGAGGGCAAAAUCACGUCUAUGUCACCGGACCGCCGACACAACUUUGCCGCCACAGUGCAAGUGCUGAACGCAUAUAAACAGCAGAUUGGUUAUCAGGUGAAACGUGAGCAAUUCGUGCGGCUGCAGUUCGAGUAUAUCAACAGCAGCGGUGAAUGCGACAUCUAUCGCGAGCAGUUGCGACCACGCGGUCUAGUGCGCGGGGACGAGCUGGAGCUGCAGCGCACCUAUCUCUUCUUCGUGCAACAAAUCGAUAUGCGCAACUUCACCAUACUCGGCCAGCCGAUCAGGAAGACGCGCCGCGUAAUCGAAGCAGUGCAGGAUGCAGUGAGCGAAAAUUAUGCACAGCUCGCAUCGAUACGAAAUAUAACCACCAAUCGAACGAUGGAAAUCGGUAAAGAGUUACACAUUGUUUGCAAGGUGCAGGGCAGGCCGCCUCCUAAGGUCACCUGGUUCAAGGAUGGCAAAUCGAUUAAUCGCAAUCGGAAAUUAUACAAAUUUCGGCAUUUCAAAAUGCGCUCUGAGCUCAUCAUUCGUUCGUUUAACAUCUCUGAUACCGGACGCUACGAAUGCCGUGCCAAAAAUAAAAUCAAUCAGGAACCAGAUCGACGCGAAAUAGUAAUCAAAGCGGAUCCAGAGCCACGUUAUUCAACAAAUCCAACAGGCGGAACUGGAAAGGUCUGUCCCGAUGAUGCAGCUGAAUUCUGUAUGAAUGGUGGAACCUGCAGUUUCUAUUCGGAAAUAAACUCAUUCUCUUGCGUAUGCCCGGAGGGAUUCAUCGGUGAACGCUGCGACCGCAAGGAAGUCAAUAAUAUAUCUCCCAAUUUUUUGUUGCAAUCUACGGCCAAAUACCUACCACUAUUAAUUGUAUGAUUUCCGUUUAGUUUUUUAUUUUUACUCCUUGUUAACAAUAACGAAAUUUAGCGAUUUCUGUUUAAUUAUAAUUCAAAAACAUAUUGUUUAUUUAAUUUCUGCUGAAAAUUGUGAAAACGUUCAGUAAAAGAGUAUAAUAUUGAACUGAAAAUCGACUGCAGUAGACACGAUUUGUGACGAGCCGUGAAAGUGCUCAUUUGCAGACAUAAGUAUGUACAUAAGUAAAUAUCUAAGUGUGAUCAAUGUGAACUUGAGCAGUGGGUUGAGCCUAGUCAGUUGUGCCGUUGAGAUGUUUACCUCUAUUUUUACACCAAUUCCUAAAAUUAUACAUUUGAAUUACACACCUAAAUGUGUGAAUACAUAUAGUACAUAUAUAUUACAUAAAAAUAUGUUAUAUAUAAAUGUGUUAAUGCCGACAGAACUGCGAGAAUCAAAAUGAUAGCGAAAACUCCACGAAACAGAACGAUAUUUGCGAGCACAAAAUUCAACAAAAAUUGCAAUUUUGAAAUAUUGAAAUAUUGAUUGAGACUUUUCGAAAAUUUUGCGCACACAGUAAUUCUGAGUGCUUCGGUUUUGCAGCGUUGCAACCCGCCGACUUAGACAACAGUAUUUAAUCUAAAGGAUUUCUAAACUAAAAGUUUCCUUCCUACUUUAAAUAAAUAAAUUUAUGUUAUAUAUAUUAUUUCAUUUUAUUUUCCAUAAGGCGUUAAAUUUAAUAUUGAGUUUGUGAAUGAAGAACAAAGUGAACAUUUUGAAUAUAUUGCGUAUUUUCCUCCAGUGUAGAAGUAAAUUCAUCUAUUGUAAUAAAAGUGUAAAUAUAAAGUAUAUAUUUUUUCAUUUUUGUCCUAUGUUUAAGAAACAAUCGACUCAUACACGAAUAUUUACAGAAAUAAUUAUAUACUAAUAAAGCAAAAGAAUUUAUUUACCAACUAUAUUUUGAAAAUUAAAUACACUCUCCUCGUUGCUGUUGAAAACAAAUGAGGGAGUCACUAUUGAACUGAAAAUGCGAGGUCGUUUUCAUUUUCUUGUAUUUAACUAACACACAACAUUAAUUACGAUUUUUAACGAAAAAUGUCGAAAGCAGAAAUAUGUUCACAUAAGUUUAACGUUUUUAUAACCAAAACAAACCCAAAAACAGAUUUUGUAAAGUAUCGAAAGUAACGAAAACGAAAAAAAGUAGUGAACCCUUUACAGUCGACAAGCAAAGGAAUAUUUUGAGAAAAAAUAAAACGGAUACCAAAUAUUAUAAUUUUGUAAUUAAUUUAUUGUAAUUAAUAAAAGUAAAACAUAAUCAACUUUUGUAAAUUGUUAAUAUGUAGCGCAAAAAAUAUAGUAAGAGAGCAAAGAGAAAUUUAAAAUAAAAUAUAAAUUAAAAAACCAAAAGUAAAACUUUAUAAGAAACAUUUCACUAAACCCCAUAAGAAACCGUUACUCAAAUGUCGUUUCUAUUUCGCUUAGGUAUAAAAAUAAACUUUUUGUAAAUUAUUAUUCUUUUUAAUUAUCUUGCGUAUAAUUUUAAGUAUACAUAAUUAAUUAGUUGUAGUUAGCUUAGGAAAGAAGAAAUUAAAAUUCAUUACUUUAUAUACAACUACCGUUUAUAAUGCUGCUAAGUGUGUCUAUAAGCAUUAUGAUAAUUAUUUGUAUUUACAUUGUUUAAGUGACUUUAGUUCUUUAUUCUUAACAGUCAAGAAACAUGAAUGAUUACGAUUGAAAAAAUGGUAAUGAUAAUAAAAUUAUAUCGAAAUUCAAAAAACAUAAUCGAAAA